AUGCUCACCGCUUCAGUGAAAUUCAAGUCGUCAUCCCCUGCGGAAGAUCCGGCCACCAAUGAGACCAAUAUCCUGCCAAUUGUCGAAACGCUUGCAACGCACUACGGGAGGGCUUCGCAUAUGGUAAUCCUCGAUCCAAGCUACAGAUUUUUCGUGACCAAGUCGCGGACCGGCGCCUUGUGCUAUAAAUUGCAGGACGAUGUAGCCAUCGUCACAGGAGACCCCUUGUGUGAAUCGGACCUUUUCUCGAAUGUGCUGGACGAGUUUGAAGGGUACCGGAAAAAACACGGCUGGAAACUUGCUUUCAUAGGCAUCAGCUCCACGUUCGUCAAGUAUGCCCGGCAGCGUCGGUGGACAACCAUAGAAUUCGGGGUGGAACGAGUUUUGAAUCCAAUGACAAACGACGUUUUGAUGGAACAGUGCGGAAAGCGAAUCAUUGUGCAAAAUAAGCAAUUGCUCCAUCCAGCCAAGAGGAAUCUUUCCCUCCGAAUCUACAUUCCGUCAUGUGAGCAGGAUCUCUGUUUGGAGAAAGAGCUGAGCAACAUCUAUAAUGAGUGGCGACGCCGACGUAGCGGAAUCACCCAAGCAUUUGUCACCGUCUAUGAUUUAUUCGACUUUCCACACUUAAUGGUGUACAUCUACACAUGCUCGGCCGAGGGAAAGGCCAAUGGAUUCGUGGCGCUUCGCUGGAUUGGCGCCCAUCAGGGCUAUCAUCUGGAUCCAUGCGUGACAGCACCGGAAGCACCAAAAGGCGUCAGCGAUUUACUCAUAUAUUCCACGUUGGUUUUCCUGAAGCAAGAAGAGAUCUCGUACCUUAGCCUCGGCUUCGAACCCUUGGGAGAUCUCAAAGAAAUCACCGGCAUGCCAGUCCUGUUGGAUAGGCUUACGCGGUCGAUUAAUAGGCGUGUGUUUCAGAAAUUUCAAUUCAAAGGCAAAAAGGCGCACAGCGACAAGUUUCGACCGGAUGAAGAACAGGAAUCCCCCCUGUAUGUGGUACUGCCGACAGGGAUUUUUGAUAUUCGACAGGUUUUCGCUGUUCUUCAUACAGCCAAUAUCCAUAUAAGAAAGUUGAUUUAA